UAUCGCCGAGUGCGAACCUAACGGAAUUCGGAAAGGACUUAGCCGGGCUAAGGGCAGUGCGAGCGAGUGAGAUACAGAUACUCGGAAGAGCAACAGUGAGAAGAGUUGGGUUCGAAGGGCCUCAGAUACAAGAUAGUGCCCCAUAGAGGAGUCGGGCUCCUCGUUACCAACCGAUAUGUGAAAAUACCCAAAUCCCAGAGUGAAGCCAAAGUGAAAGUGUGUUAAGCCGCCUGAAUAAAAAUGAACAAAAUGGCGAACGUUUUAAAGUUCAAAAGUUCACAACAAAACAAAGCAAUGUGAAGACAAACAAAGUACCAGAAAGCUGAAAUUCUUCAGAUGUUGUUCUUUAAUGCAUACGAAAAUCACAAAUAAAUUAUCAUCAGCCUAAUCAACAUCAACAUUAUUAUCAUCAACGGCAGUGGCGAACCUGCGUAGCGCCAGGACGGCAGGACGAAGUAUCCCUGGAAAACUUUUUCCAGCCCGUAAGCCAAAAGGUACAACGCCAGUCGCAGCAUGAGCGGGUCGGGGACAGGAAGUGGGGUGGGCAGCGGCGCCACCCACAUCUUUCGGUCCCUGUCAUCGGAGAGCCAGAAGCGAGAGUGGUCCAAGCGGCUGUCCCUCAGGGGAAUGCGCCACGGAGGCGCCGCGAGCGGAGGAGCUGCGGGCGGAGCUGGGACAGUCGGAUCUUCAGGCCCGUCCAGCGGCAAGGAGGAAAGCAAACACAGAAAGUUCUUCAGCCGUUCUGCCUCCCUGCGGCAGGCCGGGAGUGGAGGCAGCCAACAGGCCUCCAUGGAGCUGCAUGUGCCCGGCCAGGGGGGUCAGGGUGGGAUGUCCUCCGGAGCAGGCUCACCAUCGCAGCCGCAAACACAGCCGUCGACGCCCAAGAAGUCCAACUGGGAGGUGAUCGAACAUUUCAAUACGAGUGCCAAGGGAGGCAAGGCCAUGGUUAGCAGCAGUUUGAUUGCGGCUGGCAUCACGCGCUGCAACAUCGACGAGUCUAUCGAUUCCACCAACUCCAGCUCCACCUGCCACAGCCCCAUGAUCUACCAACGUGACGAGGCCCAGCUGCUGCAACAAGGAGAUGCCGGCAAUGUGGAGGCCAACAAUCUGAAUGCCGGAGGAGGAGCAGGCGGCGGCGGUGGAGUCGGAGCAGGAAAUGGUCCGGUGAGCCCCAGCAUUUCGUUCUGGUUCCGUUUGAACCGCAUCAUUCUGCGCCUCUGCUCCACGCACCAGUUUAAGAAUCUCCAGGUGGAAAUGCUGUAUCAGCGUUACUUUCUGCGUAUGAACCAGAGCAACACCACCCACAUUCUGGCGCUGCUCCUGGCCCUGAUUCUGGCCCUUUCCUGCACGCACCUGGUCUUCACAACGCUGCAGCUUCAGCGCAGCAGCACCCUGAUGCUGGAGCUCAUGAGACUGGACACAAAUGGCAGCCAAACCAAUGGCAACUUGACGACAACCACAAUGAAGCCACCGGUGGAUGCCGGCCAGCAAAUUGCCCAGGGCAGCGCCAACUCCUUCCUGCUGCCGGGCCUGAAUUCCACAUCCACCUCCAGGGUGGGGGGCAGUGAUUUGGAAUCCGCUUCUGACCGCGAACUCGUCGAUUCUGAUGUGGACGAUAAUGGGCAGGCGUGGCGGAGGCAGAAGCGCAAACAUUAUCGACGCCUCCACAAGCAUCGCUACAAACACAAAACCAAGCACCACGCCCCGGCCAGAUACGAUAUCCGGGAGAAGCGGAGCCUGCAGAAGGGAGUAGGGGCGUCUGUUGACACUGGACCCGAUGAUGUUUACACUGCCACUGCCGCCGCAGAGGGCGGGACUGCCGCUACCGACGACAAUGAUGGGCGUGGAGUUGGCAGUAAACGCAUUACGUAUACGCCGCGUGUCCGCGACAACAAUCAAAUUUCACAUGAGGAACGUGAUGAAGUGUUAAACACAUCGUCGGCCGCAGGACCGAGUGGGGAGGACGACGAUUUGGACACCUCACUGAGCUACGGACACAUUCUGGCCCUGCUCCUGAUGCAGGUGGACGAGUCCGUGCUGGUCUUUCUCAUCGUCAUGCUAAUCUGCGGCAUUGUCUACUCCUUUCUGCUCUGCAUUCUGUCCAAGCCGGCCAUGAACGAGAUAUUCCUGGUCCUGGUAUCAUAUGUCAUCCUGGGUACCUUUCUGGCCAUCGAAGUGGCAGUUAGUUUUGCGUUGCAACCAAGCAAAUCCUUCAACGGCAGCGCCUGCUGCACCGUCCUCAUCUACAUGACCUACACGAUGUUGCCGCUCCGCCUCCGGGAAGCUCUGAUCGGUGGCAUUCUCCUGAGUCUUGUCCAUUUGUACACCUGCCUGCGGCUCCCCUCGACCUUCCACGACCUGGAGGCCUUUAAAUGGCAAGAGCUUCUUUGCACCCUGGUGGCCCUGCUUUUGGCCAACUUGACCGGCGUCUACACCCACUGGCCCAAGGAGAAAGCCCAGCGCAAGGCCUUCAUCGAGACGAGGCAGUGCAUCGAGGCUCGGCUGCGGACUCAACGCGAAAACCAGCAGCAGGAACGCUUGCUGCUGUCGGUCCUGCCACGGCAUGUGGCCAUGGAGAUGAAGGACGAUAUUGCGGGCCAGCCACGUGACACACAAUUCCAUAAGAUAUAUAUUCAGCGACACGAGAACGUCAGCAUUCUGUUUGCGGACAUUUGCGGUUUCACCAGCCUCUCGGAUCAGUGCACGGCGGAGGAGUUGGUGCGUCUGCUGAACGAGCUCUUUGCCCGAUUUGAUCGAUUGGCCGCAGAGCACCAUUGUCUGCGCAUUAAGCUGCUGGGCGAUUGUUAUUACUGUGUCUCCGGACUGCCAGAGCCCCGGCCGGAUCACGCCCAUUGUGCCGUCGAAAUGGGACUCGAUAUGAUUGACGCCAUAGCUCUAGUUCGCGAGGUGAUGGCCGUAAAUGUGAACAUGCGAGUGGGCAUCCACACGGGACGGGUGCAUUGCGGCGUUCUGGGCCUGGUCAAGUGGCAGUUUGAUGUGUGGUCCAAUGACGUCACCCUGGCCAACCACAUGGAGAGCGGCGGCAUACCAGGACGCGUUCACAUCACCAAGGAGACUUUAAAGUGUCUGGAUGGCGAUUACGAAGUGGAGGCCGGCAAAGGAAACGAACGUAAUUCCUAUCUCAAGGACCAUCAAAUCGAAACGUAUCUGAUAGUGCCGGGUGACAUUUACAGGCCUCACAAGAAGUCCCGGAAUCGCCUUCAGGUGAAUGGAAAUAUAUCCAAGGAGCUUCGCAUGAUGGGUCACGGAACUGCUCAGAAACAUACUUCCAAAUUUGGUUUCGGCGACAGUUCUGAAAGCACAAAGGAUCCAGAGGACGAGGUCAAUGAGUAUCUUAUGCGUGCCAUAGAUGCUCGCAGUAUCGAUCAUUUGAGAGCCGAACACUGUCAGUCCUUGCUGCUUUGUUUCAAAGAUAAUGUCCUGGAAAGAAAGUACGCCAGCGAACCGGAUCGCAUGUUGUGUGUUUAUUUCUACUGCAGUCUGUUGGUCCUGCUCGGAACGAGUAUAAUGCGACUGGUGGUCUUCCAGAGCUCCCUGGUGACUCUGGCCCUGUCCAUCGGAGCCCUGGUGCUGCUUGUGUUUCUGGUAUUCCUGGUGGCAUGUCAUAAAAUCAACUUUCAGCUGCCAUCGGACAUCAAGCGAUUCUCAUUGCGCAUUCAUAGCGAUCGCAGGAUAUCACAGUUUUUUGCCUUCGCCAGCGUGUCCCUGAUUGUCCUCACCACCCUCCUGGCCAUGUUCCAGGAAUCGUCCCGGCAGUUGGACCAGCUCCAAAGCCAACGCUUCUGGCUGGAUGUGAAUGGCAAUGUGAGUGUCCUCAACCAGGAGAUGUAUGCCCCGGAGACGACCGAUUGUGACUUCUAUCUGGCCAACAAUACAUUCCUUCUGCUGACACUGCUCUCGAUGAUGAGCUGUGCCACCUACCAAGUCCUGCGGAUCCUGCUGAAGCUGCUGCUGCUCCUGCUGGCCUCCGGCAGCUACAUGGCCUGCUCCUCCUAUUUGUAUGCACGCAGCAAGGAAAUAAGCCAUGAGUUGGCGAACGAAGAGGCCCUGCUGCGCUACAUAAUUGAUUCGAUCUUCCUGUUUGCAUUCAUGCUGGCCCUGAUUUUCCACAGCCACCAGACGGAGGCCACUUAUCGCCUGGACUUUAUAUGGAAGCUGCAAGCCACUGAGGAAAAGGAGGACAUGGAGCACCUGCAGGCUUAUAACCGUAAACUGCUGGAAAACAUUCUGCCCGUUCACGUAGCCGAGCACUUUUUGAGUCGCGAAAAGCACCUUGACGACCUCUACCACGAACAAUGCGACUCGGUGUGCAUCCUGUUCGCCAGCAUUCCCAACUUCUCCGAAUUCUACGUGGAGCUGGAGGGCAACAACGAGGGCGUCGAGUGCCUGCGUCUGCUGAACGAGAUUAUAGCCGACUUCGACGAGCUGCUUAGCGAGGAGCGCUUCCGCUGCAUUGAGAAAAUCAAGAGCACGGGAGCCACUUACAUGGCGGCAUCCGGACUGACGGCGAACACCUGUGACCGGGUGAACUUCAACCAUGUGACCGCGAUGGCGGACUAUGCCCUGCAGCUGUUCGACAAGAUCGAGGAGGUCAACAUGCAUUCCUUUAACAACUUUCGGAUGCGAAUAGGCAUUAAUAUUGGUCCUGUGGUGGCCGGCGUGAUUGGAGCCUGCAAGCCACAAUACGACAUUUGGGGCAAUGCUGUCAACGUGGCCUCCCGAAUGGAUUCCACUGGUCUGGUCGACCACAUCCAGGUCACCCAGGAGACGCAGCAGAUACUCGAAGGACGCGGCUACGAGCUUACCUGUCGUGGUAGUGUGGAUGUCAAAGGCAAGGGCUCCAUGAUCACCUACUUCCUCAAGGGCAAGAAGCCCAACGAGCCAAAGCCGGACUUGCCCAAGCCUGAGGUUGAGCCGCCAAAGACGCUGCCCCUGACCAAGGAACCGGAUAAGCCUCCUGCCGAGUCCGACAAGCAACAGGAACCCAUUAAGACCGACUCACAGGAGCAAGAUGAUGACCUGCUGCCCUCGCCCGACAUCGAUCUCAACUCGAAUAUGCAGAACUUGACGGCCCAGCGGAGGAAGUCCCUCUGCCGACAGCACAACAUAUCCUCGUCCUUUGGCACCACCGUGAGCAGCUCCACGGGCAUCACCCCCAGUAUCUCCAAUAGCUCCAGCGUCGUCACCAUUGGAGCUCUGCCGGCGAUCCUGCGGGGGGCAAACACCAAUACGAAUCCCAAUCCCAGCAUGAAUGCAAACUCAUCUGCCACGAAUGACAAUUCCGCGGUGGCCACGCCCACAGCACCGCCAAGAACGCUGGUGGCCGAGCUCAAGGAUGAGAUAGCCAGGGACGAGAAGACUGGCCUGAAGGACUCCAUAGAAAACCUGGAGAUCUUGCUGAAGAACAACAUAAGCCUCUCCGACCUGAGCAACAAGCAGCAACAGAACCUCCGGGGGGAGACGAGCAGUUCCACGACGACCACCCUCAGGAAAAGAGACACCAUCGUGAGCUUCAACGUAACGGAAACGGUGACCACAACGGCAGUUCCCUGCCCCGCCUCGGGGUCGGGCUGCUCCUCCACUUCCCAGCAGAAAAAGCGCCGCUCGGUGACCGCCAUGGCAGCCAGUUACAUCACCACCUCCGCCACCACAGGCACCACCGCCCGACUGCUGUCCAACGAGAGCCAGAGCUCCACCCAGACGGCACCCGGCACCCUUGAGAGCUCCGUGCCGGGUCAGUCCUCCACGGAGAACUCCUCGCAGGACUGGCAGCCGCGGACGGCCACCUUGGAGCCCAACCGGAGCCCGAUCAAAACCUCGCAAUCGAUGAGCCCGAUUGGCGGCCAGAUGACCCCCGACAUGUACGUCCUGCCCAACAGCCGGAGCAUGAUACUCAUCAGCACCAACGGGUCGGGGGGUGGUGGCAGCAGUCCGAGGGCGGGAAUCCUGCAGGAUGUAAGCACGUAAGGGAUCGUCAGGCAACCGUGUAAAUAUGUACAGAAAACAGAGAAAAGGAGGCAGCUAGUCAAGGAUUAGAGGUAACAUUAAGGGUAAUGAAUAGUGGGUAACGGAUGGAGCAGUAACGGAUAGGAUUAGGAUGUAGCUUGUAGACGGAUUGGGCUUGCCAGUAUACAGUGGCGUCACUGUACUAUCAGCUCUCCCUUCCCCUUGUAUGAUCUCGCAUUUAUCUCGUAGCUUUACGUGUGUUCCUCAGUUAGCGUUUCAAGGCACAAGAAACAAUUUCCAUAUCACACCGAAAGAAAACUAUAGUACGAACGCAAAGUCUUGCACUUGCACUUCAACAGGGUACCAAAGAGAAAGGGCAUUGAGCACUAGAUGUUAGAGUUGUUAGUCAUUCGAUAGGUUGUAAGGCUUGGGAGCGAA